GAACCCUGCAGAUUUGGUCCUCAUUUGUGUGUCGCGCGUCGCCGCUAAGCCCUGAUCGGUCACGCUGACGGGGGUUUCUUGACAUCUCCGCAAGGGUUUCUUUGCAUUUUGGCGCUCGAGCGUUUGGCGAUUGUGCGCGUGUGUGCCUCUAGCUGUCUAACGCGGCGCAACUGUCCCUCGCCCCCGGCUCCGCUGCUGAUUAAAUUGCUCCACCGCAGCCCAGCAGUGAGACUCGCGCGCCGCCAGCUCCGCGCGGGAUGGAGCAGACAGAAGUGCUAAAGCCACGGACCCUGGCCGACCUGAUCCGCAUCCUGCACCAGCUCUUCGCGGGCGAAGAGGUCAAUGUGGAGGAGGUGCAGGCCGUCAUGGAAGACUACGAGAGCGACCCCGCCGAGUGGGCUGUGUACGCCAAGUUCGACCAAUACAGAUAUACUCGAAAUCUUGUGGAUCUAGGAAAUGGAAAAUUUAAUCUGAUGAUUCUGUGUUGGGGUGAAGGACAUGGCAGCAGUAUCCAUGAUCACACCGACUCCCACUGCUUUCUGAAGAUGCUGCAGGGAAGUCUAAAGGAGACACUAUUUGCUUGGCCUGAUAAAAAGUCCAAUGAGAUGAUCAAGAAGUCUGAAAGAAUCUUGAGGGAAAACCAGUGUGCCUACAUAAAUGAUUCCAUUGGCUUGCAUCGGGUGGAGAAUAUCAGCCAUACGGAACCUGCUGUGAGCCUUCACUUGUACAGUCCACCUUUUGAUACAUGCCAUGCCUUUGACCAAAGAACAGGACAUAAAAACAAAGUCACCAUGACGUUCCAUAGCAAGUUUGGAAUCAGGACUCCAUUUACAAAUUCAGGUUCACUGGAGAACAACUAAGGAGGACCAAGCCUCUGAAGCUUUAUUUUUAGAUCUGCUGAACAUUCUGCUAUAGAAAUGAAGGCCUCCCACCAUUUGCUGUCUAGUAAUACACUUAAAUAAGCCAAUACUUAGAUCUACUCUAGGGCAGAUGCUAACUGUAAGGCAUUAAGUGAGCAAAUAGUGUCCUGAGCUGUUGCAGAAGAAAAGUCCCAUUAAAGAAAAAAGUCUUUGUGAUUUUAAAGGCCAAGUCAAAUACUCUCCUGGUUCUGUACUCUAAUGCCCUUAGAACUGUACUGGGAAUGUCAAUAAGGGUUUUUAUAGCUUUUGGAAUCUCUUUGAUAUCUGAACUGUAAUUAGCAAUAAGUAAAAACAAGAACCUACAGACAUCAAAUGCCUGCCUUGCUAUAUGGAGGACUAAAUGUACAUGUCUUUAAUAUACUUUGUAUGUUCUUAAUAUUUGAAGGGAAUUUUUUAAAUCUGUGGAUUUUUUUUUUCAGUCUUAUUUCACAAAUUUCUUUUCUAUAAUUUAUAGAUUAUUGUAGAUAGAGAAACUUAAGGCACUUUGCCAUUAGGUAAUGAAAUGCAGGGCAGGAGAUUUAGAAAGUACAUGCACCCAAGCCUACAACGAACCAAAACAUAAACUCAUGUCUGAUGUUCCAGUAGUCAUAGUCAAAGACUUUGUACUGCUACCAAAAUUGCCAAAUAAUUUUAAUAAAACUGAAUUUGAAUAAU